AUGAUUUCAUUUAUCUUAUCAUUCAUACCACCUUGGUUGAUAUGGAUAUCAAUAUUUAUAUAUCUUAAAAGGUUGGACCUUUUUUCUAAUCAUCAAUUCAAAGACCUACUAGAUGUAUAUGAAAAGCGGAAAGGGACGAUAAGAGAAAAUGAUUGCAAUAGAUUCUCAAUGGAACCUAUCAUUAGAACUAAAAUAGGUUCUAUGUAUCAAUACAUUCAAGUAUACGGAGUUAGACUUUAUUACGAUGGUUUCUUUGUUGUCGAUAUAGAAUUCGAAGGAAGGGAGGAACCAAUACCAUCUCCUCUUCAACGUUGGGAUAAAAUAUCGAUCACUCUUGAAGGCAUUGGAAAGAGAUUAUACUAUCAUCCCUAUUUCAGAUCACCAAAGACCUAUGGAAAUCAAUUACUACGUUCAGCAUCUGUCAAAAAUAUGAAUAGACUAAUCAAAGCCUAUUUAAACAAACCCACAAUUAUUUAUCAUCUGGAUAAUAGUGAUAGUGAACAUCUUGUUUCCUUUGUAAUAGAUGGAAGAUUGGGAGUUGCCCCAAGUCAACACCAAAAGUUUGAACAGAUACUACAGAUUCUUGGUUAUACAGUUGAUUUUCUACUACCUCACAAACUACAAGCCAGACCUCAUCACAAACAACAUCAUCAACUGGAAAUGAAACUACCUCCAACAUCAUCAGGUGAUUCCACAGAAAAUGAAUCCUCUACUUCUACAUCUGGUUUGACAACUGAUGAUGAAGAAGGUACAUCGGCUGGCUAUAACCUUGCCGUUCCAUCAGUUCUCAUUGUUUUGAUCUUUUCCAUUAUCAUGCGUAAUGGGUUGGAAUAUCCUGUCACAUAG